AUGAUAAAAAGAAGAGGCGUGCUCGAUUCUUUUGCGUUCUUGCAUGUUCUCAAAUAUGGCAGUCAAGCUAUUUUUUGUUCCUAUUUAUGGCAGGCCCAUUCAAAUACAUGGCGUUUUUUACACCCUCGAAGAAAAAAGUUUUUGCAAAGACAAAAACAGCAAGAACAAUCAUUGAAACCACCACCGAAAAGAGGAUCGAGAUUGAACAACACAUUUGGAGUCAAUUUAACUGAUGAUAACAUACUGGAAGCAGUUACACAGAAAGAAGCAGCAAAGAAGAAAUCUGAAGGACCGAGACGAACAGCGAGAACAACAAAAAACAAAAAACAUCAAAUUGAAAGCAGUUCUGUUGCUCCAAGAAACAGCAACAAACUAGCUCCAGAUCCGAUGAUACAACAACUAGAUCGCAUACUUUCGUUAAUAAAUCCAGUUGAUGAUAGUGACGAAAGCGAUAAUGAAGAUGUUUCACAAAUGUGA